AUGUCUACUACAGCUCGAAAUAGGACAUCGACUUUUACCGAUCCAGCAAAGCAUGUUAACAUACGACAACAAAAAUUAGUUGAUGAAACUAUAAAGAAUCAUUUGAAGUAUCAUGAUAUUAAAUUUUUUGAGUACCUGAAAGCACGACAAGAAUUGUUACAACAAAACAACACCAUUCAGCUGUUGUUACGUGAAACUAAUAAUGUGUCUCAGAAGAAAGAUGAGGUUUCAGAAAAGGAGUUAGUUGAAGAAAAGAAAGACAAUUCUGAAACUCAAACUGACGAACAAGAUCAAGAAAUGAAGGAUGUCGAGCCCAAGUCGCAGGACGAUCUGAAAGAGCAAAAAGCCAAGUUGAACGAAGAAAUGAUUAAGUUGGACAAGUUGAGAUUCGAAGUGGAAAAAAAACAAGUUUUCUUUAAUCUAUACAUUCAGGAUUUAAAGAAUACAUUAGCAAUUGAGUCGCAAAAAUGCAAAGAUGACUACAAGACUCCUGAAUUGGUUGAUAUUGGUAACCGAUUACAUACAUUAAUUGAACAUGAAUCACAGUUAAGAUCGGAGAUUGACAAUAUCAAAAAUGUUCAAAAGCCAAUGUUGGAUAAAAUCACAAAUUUGGUUAGUAAUUUCAACACUAAUAUUGUUAGCUCCACUGCAAGAAUAAUACACCCAGCAUUGUUGCGAAAUAAGGAAGAGGACUUGGAAAAUAGUGUUCAAGUAAAUUACAACCAUGCGGUGUUUUCCAAACUGGAUGUUCAGCAAAUGUUUGCUGACUUGGAUGGUAGAAUAACGGAACAAGUUGAUGAUAUUUUGGAUACCAACAAUAGAAUAUUCGACAAAUUUGAUGAACAUAAUGGUGAGGGCACUGACACCGAAUCAUCAAACUUGCUUUACAAAAUUGCUCGCUCUACGUUACAUGAUAUCACAACAAGUACAGAUUUAGAUGCAUAUGAUCAAUUAAUCGACAGAGCAUUGAAAGGUAUUGCAUCUUCAUUCAAAGAAAAUGAUGAAAUCAAAUCGAAGUGGGGUGUCCAUGCACGUAAGGUCGAGAAAAUAAAGCUGAUUAUUCAAGAGCAAGAUGCUGAUGGCGAUCUUGAGAUGGUAUAG